ACUGCAAUUUAAGGUCAAGGUCUGCGGUGCUUUCAUAUUGGUCCGCUACGAUGCACGAAAUAAAUAUCGAUGAUAUAAGUUUGGGCUCUGGAUUCUCACAUGCUAAAUACGCGUCUGUAGUUUCAGCGAUAGGAGUACAUCAUCGAAAUUUAUUCAUAGGAUCCUCCUCCAUAUCAGGGGAUCUAUGGGGUGGUGGCUUGGUCGUUUACAACCUGAAGAACUUAAAAAACAAUUUUGGUCGUAUUGCAUAUGAAGAUGAGUCGGCUGUAGUUGAUGAUAUCUCUCAUCAAGUUGUUACGGAGACUUCUUUCGACUCAUCUGUUGCAUCAAUAGCACCAUUGAAUUUAAGUUGCAGUGAAUUAACAGAUGCUGUUGUGAUUGGUUUAGAUGAUGGUUCUAUCCAGUUGGUUACACUACGUGAGGUGUCAGCCAAUUCUCAUCAGUCACAAAUGCAGCCAUUAACGAUCAAUUCUGCUACAUAUCAUGAUUGGCCGUUGGAGAAAGUAAUAUCAUCUCAGACCUCAGGAUCUACGAAUCCUCAUAUCAUAACAUUAGAUGUAGCUGGAUGUGUAAAAUUAUGGGAUUGUCCAUCUUUAAUGCCUAUUAAAUCAUGGUCUAUCAAUUCUACAACAUGGCCUGUUAACGGUUCCGCUUUGACUCCAGAUAUUUCUUUACUAUCUACUAAUAAUACUAAUAGCAUGAUAAAUCAUCAAAAUAAUUGUGAAAACUUUUUAUUGUCAACUUUAAAUCCAUUAGAUGUGAAACGAAAAAUUUGUUUAUGGGAUAUUCGUGUCAAUGAUGUAUCUAAUCCAAUCGUAAUUCAGUCAAGUGACUGUUCAAAUAUUACACAUGAUUUACCAACAGCACUCAGUUGGUUUUCAACAAAUCAUUUGCUAUUAGGAACUUACGAAGGUCAUUUAUGGGUUUAUGAUAUUCGCAACCCUAAAAUGGAACUAACAAAUGUAGAUGUUACAAAUACAAAUGAAACUUUCAAAUCGUCCUCACAUAGAUGUAAACAAAUUGUUCAAAUCAUUACGCAUAAUUAUCCAGAAACGUCAACUGAAAAUAUUCCUAAUACUUCCAAAUAUAUCGGACUAAUUCAAAUCAAUGGUUCAAUAGAUGUUUACCAACAGAAUAUAUCAACAUUUGAUGUAUCAAAUGACAUGUUCACACAUGUAUAUCAUGAUGAUGGAAAAUCAAUCAUGAACAUCGAUAAUGGAUGUUAUGGAAGGGUUAAACCAUGUGGUUUGUUUCUAUCUUCUGAUCUUAUGAAUCCUGAACAACCAUGGAGAUUACUACUGUCAACUGGUAUUCCUGACAAUAACCAUAAUCUAUCAUUGACAAAUACUUUAUCAUAUACUGCUAACAUGAAUUAUCAUACAACGACACCAACUAUACUUAAUUAUCAACUUCGUGUACAUCCAAAUCUAAUUCAAACAAAUAUUCCAGGAUUCAACAAUCUCUCUAGAAUUCAUUACAUAAAAUUACUUAAUAUUUAAUGUAUAUGCGAAAAAAGAAAUUCAUAUAGGAGUAUGGAAUGUCGUGUAUAAUAAAGUUACAGUGAUCUUACUCGACUGAUUAUUGAUUUACUUCUUCUCUGACUGGUUGUGAUAAACAAGAAUGUCUAUGAUGCUAAAGAGAAACAAAAGAUGGAUAAGAUUCAAUUAACAUUGUAAUGUAUUUAUUUUGUAUUUCUGUGUAUGUGUAUGUAAAAUUCAGAAUUGUAAAUUUAUUGCAUUUAAUAGUAGUAAUACGUUUGAGAAAUAAAGUCAAUUAUUCGUUAUUGUAAAGAAAAGAGGCAACGAAAUUUUCGUGACUUCUUGAUUUUAUGCCUUUUUGAGUGUAGUUCGCUUGUAUCAUUAAUUUUGUUCGUUGUCGUUGCUGGUGUUGACUGUUUCACACACACACACAUACUCAACGACUAUCUGGGCUCAAUCAAAUGUCACUAGGUCAAAGUUUUGGUGCAAGCAUCAGCUCUGAGAUACAUAUGCAUUCAGCUGACAAGCUAUAGAUAGGAUGAAACACAUUUCCUAGGGUUCACUGCUAGCCACUAUCUGACUGUAAUAAAAACUUGUUGGUAAUAUUUGAUAUUUAGAUUCUAUUUUGCAUUUUUAACACACAGGUGCCAUUUUUAUUAUGUCUAAUCAAGGGAGAGUUUGUUUAGCAAUUAAAAUAAAUCUGAUUUAAAACUAAAUGAACUUCAGGUUCUGGCCUUUUUUUUGUGCCUAUUUUAUUUAUUUUUAGUGAUUGAGUACAGUUGUAUGCUUAAUAACUUUAUUGAGUUACAUUAUUUGUCUGACAUCGCGGAGUCCUUUAUCUGUUAUAAUGCAAAUGGAAAAUAUGUAUUUUCAGAUUGGUAAAUUAACUACUCUGUGUUAGAUUUAGUUCUUUAGAAUAAAAAUUUAUAUUGUACAAAAUGUGACUAACCUAGUAGAUAGAUUCACGCAAAUAAGAGGAAGUUUUCUGAUUCACCUGUAAAAUGAAGAUUAGAAGAAAUUCAACAACAAAUUAAUUUGUUUGAACUCUAUAUAGAUUCACUGAUAGAAUAUCUAUUUAUAAAUUGUGGUCUUCACAGUUUGAUAUCAGGUUGAUUGGUGUACUAGUUUGAAACUGUCAGAUCAAGUGUUGUUAAUUUGUUCAAUGGUUAGUUGCAAACAUUUUUUUUACGUUUCAACAUGAAUUUGAGUACUAUUAGAAAUUAAUGUGGAUUCAACAGUUGUUUCAUUGUGUUUACCAGUCCACACACGUGAAUGCACUAGGGAUCUAACCCAGUGCUCUUUGAACUUCGCAUUACUGAUGAAUGCCAUACAAGAAUGAAACAACUGUCAUAUUCACUCCGGAUUUUUAAUAAUAUCCCAUUUGAUGUCAAUCCGUAACAAGUAUCAUAUAGAAAGUAACCUAAUCUUCACAAAACUCCAUC